CACACCAGCAUGAAGGUACAGUUUGCUCCACCAAAUAUCCCUCUGAGCAGGAGACUGCAAACCGCUGCAGUUCUGCAGUGGGUCUUCUCUUUCCUGGCCCUUGCUCAGUGCUGCUAUGUGAUCUUUGUGGGGCUGAUGUUCACUCGGUUCUGGCUCGUGAGUGUGCUGUACAGCACCUGGUGGUUCCUGGACCGGGACACGCCGUCGCGGGGCGGGAGACGCUGCCAGAUUUUUCAAAGGCUGGCGAUAUGGAGGCACCUCCGCGACUACUUUCCCGUCACGCUGGUGAAGACAGCAGACCUGGAUCCUCGACAGAACCACGUGUUCGGUUUCCACCCUCACGGGAUCCUGGUGGCCGGGGCCUUCGUGAAUUUCUGCACUGAAGCCACGGGGUUCCAGCUUCUCUUUCCAGGCCUGACCCCUUACCUCCUGAUGCUGCCCCUGUGGUUCAGGGUGCCCUUCUUCAGAGACUACAUCAUGACUGGAGGUUUGAUCCCCUCUGAUAAGGACAGCGCCGCCUAUCUGCUGCGGAGGGAAGGGGGCGGGAAUGCGGUUGUCAUAGCAGUGGGAGGAGCCCCGGAAGCCCUGGACGCCAGGCCCGGAGCAUUCACUGUGCUCAUCAAGAACCGCAAGGGAUUUGUCAAGCUGGCAAUGGAGCACGGUGCCGCGCUGGUCCCAGUGUUCUCCUUUGGGGAGAAUGAGGUGUUUGAUCAGGUGGCCAACCCCAAAGGCACGUGGCUGCGGUGGAUACAGGAGCGCAUGCAGAAGGUGAUGGGGAUUUCCCUGCCCCUCUUCCACGCGCGUGGCGUCUUCCAGUACAGCUUCGGACUCAUCCCCUACAGGAAGCCUAUCUUCACAGUGGUUGGGAAGCCCCUCAGGGUUGAAAGGAAUGAGAAGCCCUCUGCUGAAGAAGUGGUUGCGAUGCAUGAGAAAUACAUGGAGGAGCUCUGCAAACUCUUUGAAGAGCACAAAGCUAAAUACGGCGUGCCCGAAGACAAGCAUCUCAACUUUGUGUGAAGCAUUUCACACAGGGCUGUUUAAUCACUGCCUCGCGGCUCUGGCAGCCUUCGUGGACACUUCAUCUGGUGUAAGACUUUCCUCUUAGUGGACAGCACUAGUGCAGAGUGUCGUUUAUAUAGGCACAAACAUCUUCCAUGGAAACUACCCACAAAAUAGGAAAGCCCAGCAAUUCGUCCUACACACUUCUGUGCAAACAGCACCCCUCACAUUUAUUCUGUUAUACAGAAGAUGCAUCUCCCUGUCUCAGAUUUCAGUCACGAUGGCUAGACAAAGAGAAGGAGAUGGGAUCCCUUUUAUUGGACCAACUAAACAAUAAUUACACAAGCUUUCAAGAGCUAGUCAGGCAUUCCAAGUAAACAUCAAUUUCUCUUUCCUACUUUCACCUGAAGAGAUCUUGGCGCUCCUGCCAGCUUGUGAUUAAUUAUUGUUUAGUUCGUCCAAUAAAAGGGAUCCCAUCUCCUUCACUUUGUCUGUGUUCCUUAGUAAAAUUCUGAACCCAACAUACAAUUUUCUCAAAUGUGACCCCACUGGAAAAUGUUGUUACUACAAUUUAUAAUAGUUUUUUUUUUAUUUUUUAUUAAUCUAU